UCAAGCAUGGCUCCCAAAGGCAAAAGGCAGCAAGCUAAGGGUGUAAAAUUUGCCGAAAAUGAAAACGACCCGUUUGAAAAUGAAAACGACGAGGCAGACGAUGAUGAAGAAAACGAGGAGGAGGAUGAAUUCACUCUGGAUGAUGUGCUGCGGUUGGGUGGAACUAAGUCGGACUAUGUCAUGCUUAACGCUGUUGAUGACAACACUGAGCUGAUAAAUGGUGGAAAGAAAGGUGCAAUCGAUGAUCUGGAAACUGGCGAACUGGCGGAGUUCAUCACAAAGCUGGGUAUCCGCAAAUAUUUAGAUCAACAGAUUGUCCAGGGUGACGAAGAAGAACCCUCUGAGGAACCCAGUGAGAAAGGAAAAAAACUCAGUGAGGAAAAGAAAAGCAAGAGGAAAGAAGCUCAGAAAGAUGCUAAAGCAGCUUCAGCGAAAGAAGAAAUCAGUGACAAAACUAAGAAAAAUGAGGCUCCUGGAAAGAAGGCCAAGCAGAAGGAUGCUAGUUUGUUUGAGUUUAACCCUCGGCUGGUGCUGCUGGUCAAACCUGGCGGAAAGUGGUACGAUAUAGAGUACACUUCAGAGGCUCACACAUCACCUCAGGAUGAAUCGCUGGUUUCACAGUACAAAGCUUUAGCUCAGAAGCUCUUAAAGUCAGAAACUGAUCUCUAUAAAACGAAGAAAAAUUUUCAAAAAGGAGCGAAUACAGCAUGGAUGAAGAGUGUCGUAUCGACCGGGACUCUUGCGGAUAGGAUGGCAGCCAUGACCGUGUUGAUCCAGGAUGCGCCAGUGCAUUGCCUUGAACAUAUUGAGAACCUGGUCUCUCUAAUAAAGAAGAAAGGAAGUCGUAGACAAGGACUAAUGGCUCUGGAUACUCUCAAGGAGCUCAUGUUAUCUGAUUUGUUACCAGAAAACCGUAAGCUCAGGACCUUUGCUCAGCGCCCGUUUGACGAGUUAGAGCAGCGUUCCAGUGGAAACCGGGAUGUCCGAGACAGGCGCCUUCUUCUUUGGUAUUUUGAGCACCAGUUAAAACUCCAGAUUGCAGAGUUUACAUCGACUUUAGACGCUCUGGCUCACGAUUCUGUCCUCGCCACCAAAACCAAAGCACUGACGACAGCUCACGAGCUUCUCUGCAACCGACCCGAGCAGGAAAAAGCCCUCCUGUGCCACGUCGUCAACAAACUAGGCGAUCCCGAGUACAAGAUUGCGUCUAAAGCCUCGUACCUGCUGGAGACGCUCCUUCACAAGCAUCCGGUGAUGAAAUCGGUGGUCUGUGCCGAGGUCGAGCGGCUGAUGUUCAGACCCAACAUCAGCUCCAAGGCUCAGUACUACGCUGCCUGCUUCCUCAAUCAGGUGAUACUGAGCCACGAGGAGACUGAACUUGCCAGCAAACUCAUCACUGUCUACUUCACGUUCUUCCAACUCUGUGUGAAGAAGAAGGAGGUGGAGUCGAAAAUGCUGGGUGCCCUGCUGAGCGGGGUGAAUCGGGCAUACCCUUACACCAAGGCAGGAGAUGAGAAGGUUAGGGAGCAGCUGGAUACCCUGUUUAAGGUGGUGCACCUGGUGAAAUUCAGCACCGCCGUGCAGGCGCUCAUGCUGCUUUUUCAGGUGAUGGAUUCACAGCAGACGGUGUCUGAUCGCUACUACGUCGCUCUCUACAGGAAGUUGUUGGACCCUGGACUGUCUGUAAGCUCGAGGCAGAGCAUGUUCCUCAACCUGCUGUAUAAAUCUCUGAAAGCUGACAUUGUGCUGCGUCGCAUUAAAGCUUUCGUGAAAAGGCUGCUGCAGGUGAGCUGUGAACAAAGUCCGACGUUUGCCUGCGGAGCGCUCUUCCUGGUCUCGGAGGUCAUGAAGGCCAAACCCGGACUUAAGCUUCUCCUCCAGGAAGAAGGGGAUGGAGAGGAGGAAAAAUUUCAAGACCUAAAAGGAGACGAUGAUGAAGAUGAUGAUGAGGAACGGUUUGUGGAUGCUGAUAAAGUUGAAGAGGGUCAGGCUGAAAAGACUGAACGGUCCAAACCAGCAGCAUCAUGGGUACAUCACCAAAACCUGGAGGGUGCAGUAGGAAAAAAUGUGAAGAUGUACGACCCCAUUCAUAGAAACCCUCUGUACUGUGGAGCCAAUCACAGCACCCUGUGGGAACUGCAAAAGCUCGCUAUGCAUUUCCACCCCUCUGUGGCUCUGUUUGCCAAGACCCUCCUGCAGGGUGAGUACAUCAAGUACUCCGGAGACCCUCUGCAGGACUUCACGCUUAUUCGCUUCCUGGAUCGUUUCGUAUUUAGGAACCCCAAACAAAUGAAGGGCAAACAGAACACAGAAUCUGUUGUGUUGCAGCCGAAACACAAACAGACCAUGAAUAACGUCCGCUCGUUACCCGUAAACUGUGAGGAAUAUUUGGCCAAAGAAGAAUGCCAGAUCCCCGUGGAUGAGGUCUUCUUCUACAGGUUCUUUAAGAAGCGUGAGGGAGAGAAGAUAUUUAAGAAACCUCAGAGAGACGAACAAGACAGCAUAGAAGAUGUGGAUGAUGACGAGUUUGACAGGUUGCUUGACACGUUUGAGGGUGACAGCUACUUCACAGAAUUUAAGGAUGAUGACCUGGACUUCGCUGGCAACGUGAAGAAGAAAUCUCAAGGUAAGAAGAAAGAGGAGGCGUCCGAUUCAGACCUGGACUCUGACGACGAUCUGGACGACGAGGAGCUCUCUCUAGGAAGCAUGGACGAGGAAGAUUUCGGAGAUGAGCUGGAAGAAGACGGUGGCGCGUUCAUGGACCCAGAUGGAGAUGAUGAUGAUGAAGUCCCAGAGCUCGAGGAGGAUGAUUUUGAGGAGGACAUGGAUGAGCCACCAGAAAUGAGCAAAGGAAGCAAAAAGGGGAAGCGGAAAUCAUCUCAUCUGGACUUCUCUGAAUCUUUGGGUCCAAACCCAGGCAAAAAGAAAAAGAAAGGAAAGCUGGCUGACACGGCAGUGUUUGCAUCAGCUGAGGAAUUUGGAGAUAUGCUGGAUGAACACGUCGAUUCCAAAUUCGACAACAUCGGCAUGAACGCGAUGGCCAACAAAGACAAAGCCAGUGUCAAACAGUUGAAAUGGGAGGCUCAGCGUGAUGACUGGCUCCGAGGACGUGAUGUCAAGUCCCUCAGAAGGAAGAAGACUAUGUUUAAAAAGAAAAAACAGUUUGGGAAAGCAAAACCGGGCAGAAAGACUCCCGGCAGGAAGAACUGAAGACGUCCGUCUCAGAUAUUUAACCUUUAUUGCUGUUUGGUGGACCAAGCAUCCUGAUCUGCUUCUUUGAUGCCGUAGACCCCGGCCAACUCGUUGGACUUGUAAUAAACUGAAAGAAAAUGAUAAGAUCGUGUUAUUCAGACCAUUUCUGGUUAUGCUGAACUGCCAAUCAAUGACAGUUGAUACGAACAUGAUUAAACAUGUAAAAAGUACAUUUUUAAAUAAAUGUUAUUUUACUGUUGAUGAGUGGAAAGGUUAAAUACCAAUAGAAAUACAACAGGACUUUGAAGUGUCCAUGUUUAAAGACAUACAAUCCAGCAUGUACGGUUACAAAAACACUUAAAGUAAAUAUUAAAAACAGUUCAAUGCAAACAGUAAAAGAUGCAUUGGGUGGAUUUUUGGUUUUAGCUGUGUCUAAACAAAGUGAUUUUUAUUUACCUACCCAUGUACAAAAGCUGUUGCGAGAUAUUGAUGGAUGAAUAUAUAAAUGCUACCUUAUUUAUAACAACAAACUCGUAGCCUGUACAGAGUCCUGACCUCAGCCCAACUGAACAGCUUUGGCAUUAACUGGAACACCAACUGAGGCUUUCUGGACCAACAUGAGUGACCAGCCAUACAAAUGCUCUUUUGACUGAAUGGUUAAAAAAUCCCACAGACACACUUCAAAGUCUUGUGUCAAGCCUUCCUAGAAGAGUGGCUGUUUUUCAAGCUCAUGGUCAGGUGUAUCAAUACAACAUGUCAUUUGACCAGGAGUGUUCAAUUUUUUAUGCAGAAGAGUGUACAUUUUACAAAAUGUGUUAUGAUUUUACGUAAAUUCCCUUUCUGUACCAUCUUAAACAUUCAGUGUCACAAAUAGACUGUAAGAAAUGGGUCAGAUACUUAUAAAUCUGUAUUGCAUAUUGAGUACAAGUAAUGGAGAAAGCAGGAAUAAGAACCCUGUUUUCAUCACCUCCUUGAUUUUGGCACAAUGACUGUUUAAAAUAAAAGAACUUACCUUCCAAAACU